AACAAAUUGGAUCAUGUUUUCACCACGAGGCGGAAGCAUGAUGGUGAACGAAGUCUCUGUAAAGUAUAUAAACAAACAGACGAAUAGACGAUUGCAUCAUUAUCUGGUGGGUAUUUAGUCUGGACAUCUGCAAGGAAUCCAGACACUUUCUAGGGACAUCGGAAAAAGACUGAAGUUCUCUCAAACUCAAAAAAGACGAGAAUAAAUAUGUGCGGAAUCUGGGCUAUAUUUGGAAGCGACGACGAUGUUGCUAUGCAGUGCAAUGCAGCUCACAAAAUCACACACAGGGGACCCGAUGCCUUCCGAUUGGAGACAAUCCACCACUUCCCGAACUGCGCCCUCGGGUUUCAUCGUUUAGCCAUUGUUGACGAUUUGGCGGGAAUGCAGCCUAUGAGAGUUUUCAAAUAUCCUCACAUCUGGCUAAUGUACAAUGGGGAAAUAUAUAACCAUAAACUACUCGAGGAGCAGUUUAACUUUGACACGUCGACUGCCUGUGACGGCGAGGUCAUCAUUCACCUGUACGCCAAGGGAGGGGCGGAGUACGCCGCCAAACACCUGGACGGCGUCUUCUGUUUCGUCAUCCUGGACACGGCGGAACGGCGCGUGUACGUCGGCCGGGAUACGUUCGGCGUCCGACCCGGUUUUAAAUCUUACAUUGAACAGAAGGGGUUCCUUGCCGUCUGCUCUGAGGCUAAAGGUCUGAUGCCAUUACAACAGAUCGACAACAACGUUCAGAUUACCAUUUUCCCUCCCGGUCACGUAGAGACCUAUAGCCUCGAUCUGAGCGGAAGGGCCACAUACGUCAAUACAACACGGUUCCAUAAAAUUGGAGAACCUCCAGCAUACAAGACUUUGGUCAACCCAGUAGAUGAUGACGUUGAUGAGAGCCUCCGUGUUUUACUGGAUGCUGCAGUGCAUAAAAGAACAAUGGCUGAGAGGAGAAUAGGCUGUCUUCUGUCAGGCGGUCUUGAUUCUAGUUUGGUGGCCGCCCUGUUUGUCAGAAAGGCCAAGGAGAUCGGAAUCAAGUAUCCUAUCCAAACCUUCUCUAUCGGUAUGGAAAAUAGUCCGGACUUACUGGCCGCCAGAAAAGUAGCUAAGCACCUUGGUACCGAGCACCACGAGGUUGUCAUGACUCCGGACGAGGGAAUAGAGUCCCUGAAAUCUGUCAUCUUCCAUCUAGAAAGUUAUGACAUCACUACGAUCCGGGCGUCUGUCGCGAUGUAUUUACUGAGUAAGUACAUUAACGAGAAGACGGACACCCGCGUGAUUUUGUCGGGGGAGGGGGCGGACGAGGUGAUGCAGGGCUACAUCUACUUCCAUAAGGCGCCCUCACCCAGCGAGGCGGACACAGAGAGCCUGCGACUCUGUAGGGACCUGUAUAUGUACGACGUCCUGAGGGGGGACCGGUCCACAGCCGCCUGGGGGUUGGAAAUCCGUGUACCAUUCCUUGACCAUCGAUUAACCAGCUACUUUCUGUCACUUCCACCGGAAGUGAGACAACCACGUGACGGAAUAGAAAAGUAUUUACUAAGAGCGGCUUUUGACAAAACUGGACUCUUGCCAAAUGACAUUCUAUGGCGGCCAAAGGAGGCCUUUAGCGAUGGACUUUCUAGUGUGAAGCGGUCAUGGUAUGAGAUCUUGCAGGACCAUUUAUGUGAUCAGAUAAACGAAGGAGAACUUGAGGAGGCGUCAUCAAAAUACCCCCACAAUACCCCGCUCACGAAGGAAGCGCUGUUCUUCCGGAAGGUGUUCGAGUCGUUCUACCCGGGCAGGGCUGACUGGAUACCCUAUUUCUGGAUGCCACGGUGGACUGUGGCGUCAGAUCCAUCCGCCAGAACUCUGAAGUACUACAAAAACGAGUGAGGGUGUGGAGAGAGAGAGAGAGAGAGAGAGAGAGAGAGAGAGAGAGAGAGAGAGAGAGAAGUCUAUGUCCUACAGAAAAAUAAAAUGAUAACGAAUAUUUGAUUUUAUUUAGUUUUUAUUUUGCUUGGUCUACCACAAAUGCAAAUAAAUGCAUACUUUUAUACUGAAACAAAAUUUCGACCUUCUGGUUGUGAGUUUUCAAUUUGAUAAAUAAAACGUUAGGCAAAUAUUAUAUAAUACUUUGAAAAAAAAACCAACAACAACAACAAACAAAAUUACAAUUGAAAACAAACGUUCGCCAUCUCAAUCUCGAUCUAUUUGUGUAAGAACAUUGUAUAAUAAAACAAUAUUUAUAUAUAACAGCGUGUUUAUCAAUUAUACACUCAUUUUGAAUUAAGUAUUAUAUAAUAUCAAUGUUUCAUAAUAAAAUAUAGUAAAAACUUUUCUACUAUAGUAGUUCAGGAUAUAAUUAUGCUCAAAGCAUGAUGAAGUGCAUGACAGAGACAAAUAAGAAAUAACAAAUACAGUAUAAUAAAUACAAAACCAAAUAUAUGUAAUAUUCAUCAUAACAAGAGUUACAUGUAUUUAAACAAUAAUAUGAUAUGGAAGACACAUUCAAAAUACUUCCUUAUAUCUACACCCCCACCCACCCACAAAAAAGCAACAACAAGGAAAAGCCUUCAUGCAAAACCAGAUUGUUACACAGAACUCGCAAAAUUAUAAUCCAUUAACGAUAUUGAUAUCAACGUAACAAUGAGGAAAUAAAUGUCUCCGAGAAGGUUGGUACAAAUGUUUACGUGUUCAUAAACUACAUGGUACACCGUCACACCCACAUAAAAACGUGAUCAUAGUCAAUCCGAACACUAAGUAUUUUUUCUAUAUUUAGUUCGAUCUGCGAUAGAGAUGAUGUUUAUUAGAAGAAGCCCUCCUUAUAAAUAGUCAGUUCGGAUUUCCUUGUUCUGGCAUCGAAAAUCCAACAACUUAUUUUUGUAUA